AAGAAGCCGCGCGAAGCUGUGAGCUGCUCGUUUCUGCCUGUGGUUCUCUUUCAGGGCUAAAACCCCGGCGAUUCCCAACGACUCUCCUGCGGACGACGUUCAAGCCCUGGUCGGGCCAUCCUCUCCACAAUGAUGUCAGAAAUGAGCAUGAGCGUCGUAAACCGAGAGCCAGAGAAUGAGAAGAAAGAGGAUAGACGGGUGGCGUUUAUCCUCAUCUGCAACUGCAUCCUCUGCAUCCUCAUGAUCCUCCUGCUGCUCCUGGUAUUUACGCGGUUCUCAUCGGAUGACUCGGACGAGGAAGAGACUCCGAUCCCGAAGUAUAAUAGUGACUCUGGCGGAGGAGGAUCUAGGCCGACGGCGCCCACCACCACGAGCAACACCAGUGGCGCAGAUAGCACGGGCGGUGACGUCAUCACCACAACACCGUCGUCCACUCCGUUACCAAUGCCUACCUCAGCGACAGCCCGGUCGGUGUCGAUGGCGAUGUCGUCGCAGGCUAGCUCGAGCACGCAUGUUACGCCAGACUCCCUUUCUUCUGCGAAGACAGCGAAGCCAGCUACGUCAAUGUCGACUCGCGGGCCUCGAGGUUACGAAAACCGUGCGUUCACGCUUAUUUGCGUGUUCGAGUACCUGACACGUGUACUCCCCCGCAGUGCACCCCAGUGCACGGACUAUGUGUACAUCCGGUUCUUCGUGUACUCGACCACGGAAGAUGAGGGCCCACUCGUGUUCGAAAAGAAGAAGCAAUUCGAUGGCACCGUCAAGCUGUACUACGACGACACGGAGGAUUAUUGGAAGCGGUUCCUGUCUUACCGGAUACUGGACAACUACGUGAGAAACAGCAAGCUCCAAAUUCCCUACUCGCGCUGGUUGCUCGGCAUGUGGGGAACCACGUUCACCCGACUCAUGUCGGGUCUGUGGAAUGGCGACACCUUCCGGAAUGCCCUUCGCGACACGCUGCGGAGCCACUUCAGCGAUAGGUUGAAGAUCACGGACAUCGACGGGUUCGCCGUGAUCAACUCCAUCUUCGCCAAUGACAGGGGCCAUGGACGCUCGGAGGCUUUCGGCACGGCUUUCCGGUCGGGGGACAAUCCGAUCCUGGAACCCAACUGGGCCUACAUUCACACUGCCGCCAUUUGGCCUGGGGGAAGCAUGUAUGUCAACGAGACGAUGCUGCGAGAUGUACUCAAGCCUGCCGACGUGGUCGGGAUAAGCACAAGCAACAGCACUGAUGAGUCCAACAUCAUCUUGAGCCGAGGAGGAGGAAACAACGUUGAGUACAAGGCUGCUUCCCCACCAAACCCCAUCAGACCAGUGGCUUCAGGCGUCCGCGGAAUGCUUGACAUACUGGCGGAGUUUCCGCACUGGAAGCAAGUGCUGGGUCACCAGAAGCUGUGCUUCUCGCUCACGACGUCCAUCAACUACAUGCGCAGCAGUGUCGACAACAUCGACUUCGUCUCGGACAUUCGAUUGAGCGAAGAUGUGCAGCGAUACCAUCGGAUAAGGUUCACCACCAAGGACAACAGAAACCGAUACCCGGUUGAAGCGAAAAACACCAGCUAUCACUUCGAUAACACGACCUACACGCACUUCUGGCACCACAUUCGCAACGGCGACUUGUUGACCUUGUUCGCGUACGACAUGAACGACACGCUGCAAUACAAGAUAGACGAGAUGCUCAAGGCGCACGGAGACGACAAGUGCGUCGUCUUCGACGACUUGGGCGAAGACGACGAAGCUAGGAGUUUCAUCGCCAAUCGGAUGACCUACCACUUCGGAAGGUUAAGCAUGCUCCAAGUCGUGCAGGCUGCGAUGGUGAAGAAGUACGGGGGGCCCUUUCCCUGACGGAUGGGAUGGCGUGGACCCUUUCCUGCUCUUCCCGUCGUCAGUCCAGCAGUGCCGGCCAUUUUUCAAGCGCACAGCAGCGAGAGUGACGUCACCAUCGAGGAGUUGUGACAACACUUGGCGAGUUGUCCCGAACGCGGCGCUCCUUAUUUUACAGACAGAAGACUAUUAAUUGUUGUGCUUCUCAAAGCUGUUGGCGUGUGCGGAAUGCCACGUCGUCGUUACUUUGUGGUGACUUAUAGUUUUCACGCUUGAACCGUCGGCAUGACGCGGAUAUUUGCGUGUGCUUAGUGUUCUUUUCUUGUUUUUGUUUUCUUUUUUGCCUCGGCGCUAUGAACGCAAUCUCCAUUGACAUAAUCGUUCGUGUCAUCACUUUAUUUUGAUUUAGUAGCUAACCUGGCCCGGUCAGCACGCAGAAACUUGAUUUCGAGAGGCGUGUCGCGACAGUGUUGCUUCGUUAUCGCAACGCUCGCACUUGAACUGCAAACCCAACGUGAGCAUGUGUUUAUUUUUGUUUUAUACCGCAUGAAUGCAAUAGCCAUUAAGAUUACCCUGUUAUCAGUGGGCCUACGCGAUCUAGAUGGCAAAGGGCGAGUGCAUUGCAUAGACGGUGAUGCAUAACCUCGUCAGUACGAAUGACUAUGAUUAUAAAAUUAAUGUUACUUUGGGUAUGCUUCACUUCAAUAGAAAACAAUUAACAUACGCGGUUUACUUUUUUUUCAGCCAGUAAUUUGUAAUUUUUCUUUAUCAAGUCGGCCUUAUACCGACUCAACAUCAGAGGUCAGCUAAGAAUAUAAACUGCAAUAAAACAGUUACGCGAUUCGG